GGGGCAAUGGCUGAAGAAAGGUACAAAUUUUAUCUUGAUUCCCUAAAACCCCAAGUAUUUUAACAUGUAAAUUGACCCCUUUUGUAGAAACUCACCAUGCACUAGAAAGUACACGCAAUUUCCUUUUCUUCCCUCAAUAAGUUAGUAAAGAAGAUGAAGCCAGAGUAUUUGGUCAUAUCGUCCAGAUUAGAUGAAACUUUCUCCGGUCACAUAACCAUGUCCUUAAUCUGCUCUUCCCCUGGAGCCCUAAAGGUGGUGCACAAGAAACUGUUGAACGACUCAAAGCUAAAGAAAAGGUAUUUGAAUUUUGAUUUUCGAGCCGAUUCGAUUGAUCAUGAGAUAGAACAUGAAAAUGGCUCUGCUUGGGAAUCCUUCAUGAACACCCAUUUAAUUGCUCACUACACUGCAACAAUAGUAGUCACUGAAAAACCUUUUGAGGAGUGGGUUAAACCUUAGGUUCGGAUUCAGCAAUGGCAGGUGUGGGAUGUAUGUAUGUGUAUCUAUGCUCAUGGUUAGUGUGGUAGGGUGUUGUGCAUUAAUUAAAUUUGUAGGAAAUAAGAAUGUAUAGAUUUUGGCUGAUAAACCUAGGUAUUUUAUUAGUUUAUUGUGAACAUAAUUACAAUUGUUUUCGAUAAUGUAAAUGAAAAACUGUUGUACUG